UGCCAGUCAGGGGAGAGAGAGAGCUGAGAAUCGAAGCAUCAUGAGGGAAAUCGUACAUAUACAAGCGGGGCAAUGUGGCAACCAGAUCGGGGCGAAGUUCUGGGAGGUGAUCUCGGACGAACACGGCAUUGAUCCUACUGGGACGUACCACGGGGACUCUGAUCUUCAGCUGGAGAGGAUCAAUGUGUACUACACAGAGGCAACAGGAGGAAAGUAUGUCCCCCGAGCAGUUCUCGUCGAUCUGGAGCCCGGCACCAUGGAUUCUGUCCGCUCCGGUCCAUUUGGUCAGAUCUUCCGGCCGGACAAUUUCGUCUUCGGUCAGAGCGGAGCUGGAAACAACUGGGCCAAGGGUCACUACACGGAGGGUGCAGAGCUGGUAGACAGCGUUCUGGACGUUGUGAGGAAGGAGGCUGAGAGCUGUGACUGUCUGCAGGGCUUCCAGCUGACGCAUUCCCUUGGGGGCGGGACGGGAUCUGGCAUGGGCACCUUACUGAUCAGCAAGAUCCGUGAAGAGUAUCCAGAUAGGAUUAUGAAUACUUUCUCCGUUGUUCCCUCGCCAAAGGUAUCGGACACCGUUGUAGAACCUUACAACGCCACCCUGUCUGUUCAUCAGCUGGUAGAAAACACAGACGAGACUUAUUGUAUUGAUAACGAAGCCCUGUACGAUAUCUGCUUCCGCACUCUUAAACUUACCACUCCAACGUACGGAGAUCUGAACCAUCUGGUCUCGGCAACAAUGUCAGGUGUGACAACAUGCCUCCGAUUUCCUGGUCAACUUAACGCUGACCUCCGUAAACUGGCUGUCAACAUGGUACCCUUCCCUCGUCUCCAUUUCUUCAUGCCAGGGUUUGCCCCUCUCACCUCCAGAGGUAGCCAGCAGUACAGAGCUCUGACUGUGCCAGAACUCACCCAACAGAUGUUUGAUGCGAGAAACAUGAUGGCCGCCUGUGAUCCCCGUCAUGGCCGCUACCUGACCGUGGCCGCCAUGUUCCGUGGUCGUAUGUCCAUGAAAGAAGUGGACGAACAAAUGUUAAAUAUUCAAAACAAGAACACCAGUUAUUUUGUCGAAUGGAUCCCCAAUAACGUCAAGACCGCCGUUUGCGACAUUCCCCCUCGCGGUCUCAAGAUGGCUGCCACUUUCGUUGGCAAUAGCACAGCCAUCCAAGAGCUGUUCAAGCGAAUCUCCGAACAGUUCACCGCCAUGUUCCGGCGAAAGGCUUUCCUGCAUUGGUACACCGGCGAGGGCAUGGACGAGAUGGAGUUUACUGAGGCCGAGUCCAACAUGAACGACUUGGUGUCCGAGUACCAGCAGUACCAAGACGCGACCGCUGAUGAGGAGGCCGAGUACAUCGAGGAAGUUGCCGAAGACGAGUGAGGCGAGUUUGAAAACUUACACCAAGAGCAUCAAAGCUGCAAAGCGAUUUUUGAGAAACGAUUGCUAAAAUACCUUUAAGAACAAAGUGGAACAGUAACAUAUCGCGUUUAUCACUCGAGUGCGAUAAAUUGUAGUUGAACGUAUGAUAAGAAUAACAAAAUGAUUCGCCUAAAAGCCUGAAUUGUAUUUUUUUAUCAGUUUUCUUAUUAUAAUUUAUAGUUAGAAUCACUUUAGCUUCAGGGAUUUAUUUCAUAUGGUUUAUUCAUUUGAAAACUUAUUUUUGAGACAGUAUUAAAUAAAUAUUAUUUGUAUUUUAAACUACCUAUUUCUGAUUUUUAAAUCUCAAAAAACUGGAAAACUUACACAAUAAAUACACAAAUUAUGUAUUUGUGUAAAAUCGCCCAUUAUAUCGCCGCAAGUCAUUGUUUUGAACUGUUUGAGUAACUUAUAUUCGAUGGCGUUUGUACGAUUUUGAAUAGAAUGGUGGGUUUUAUGGUGUAACUUGUACCGUUACUGUGUGUUUGAUAUUUGCUCAAUUAAUCAUGUUUUCUGAUGCUGUACCUAAAUACAUAUAAUAUCAUAUUUUGACAAGUAGAGGUAUUAUUCUGGUUACUUGUGCCGCAGACUAAAAUGUGUCGAUGUAGCUAUGAAGCAUAGCAGUGUAGCUUGGGAUAGUCUGUUUAGAAGACACUACUAAACAAAACUAGCCUGAAUAUUUAUUGCACCGUUUUCUUUUCUCGUAAACUCUAGGAGUAAAGCAGAUAUAGUUGUAAAGUUGUUUACAAUCAUACAAUGGGAUUAAAACUGAGCGGUUUAUACAUGUGAUGACUUGAUAUUCACUGUAACAAAUGUCGGUUUGUGCAAUAAAGCAUUAAGAAAUGUG